UUGUAUACACAAUAUUCCAUUCACCAUUAUCAUCUACAUUUCCAAGCUAGCCAGCAGCCAUGGAGGUUCUUGCUGCGUCAAAAAAUGCCACCUUGACAGUACUUUUGAUUCUUUUAAUUCUAUGGAUACCAUUAAGGGCGCUUUCUGAGAAGUACACGCCUCCAGUGUAUGACCCCAAAGCCAUGAGAGAGAGGUAUGAAAGUUGGCUGGAGCGGCAUCGUCGAACAUAUAAGAGUCAACAGGAAUGGGAAAUGCGCUUUGGCAUUUACCAAUUUAACGUCCAGUUCAUCGAUUACACCAACUCUCAGAACUUGUCAUUCAAGCUCACUGACAAUAAGUUUGCAGACCUUACAAAUGAGGAGUUUAAAGCUACCUACUUGGGAUUCAGAUCUAUGGGGCAUUCAAAGACAAACUUCAGUUAUGGCAAAGAUGUGGAUUUGCCAACUAGAGUGGAUUGGAGAAAGAAUGGCGCUGUUACUCCAAUUAAGAAUCAAGGCCAAUGUGGAAGUUGUUGGGCAUUCUCCUCAGUGGCAGCUGUGGAAGGUAUCAACAAAAUAAAAACAGGGCAGUUGAUAUCUUUGUCAGAACAAGAGCUUGUGGACUGUGAUCUUCAGUGUCAAGGCUGCAAUGGUGGAUACAUGGACAAAGCAUUUGAAUUCAUAAAAGAGACCGGUGGACUGACCACUGAAGAGGAAUAUCCUUACAGAGCAUCAAGUGGCACAUGCGACAAAGCAAAGGAAAAAGAUCAUGUAGUGACAAUAAGCGGCUAUGAGAGCGUUCCGGCGAAUAAUGAGAAAAGCCUACAAUCUGCAGUUGCUAACCAACCUGUCUCGGUUGCCAUAGAUGCGUCUGGUUAUGAAUUUCAACUGUACUCUCAGGGUAUCUUCACUGACAGGUGUGGAAAGCUGCUCAAUCAUGGAGUCACUGCAGUAGGAUAUGGAGAAAAAAAUGGUAUGAAGUACUGGCUAGUAAAGAAUUCAUGGGGCACUGGCUGGGGCGAAUCGGGUUACAUAAGGUUGACACGUGAUACUGCAGAUAAUCAAGGUGUUUGUGGCAUUGCGAUGGAAGCUAGCUACCCUCUUAAGAACUGAGAUGCAUUGUUGGUUAAUUUGGCAUUUUCUGGUUGUAGAAUGACAGUUUGUUAGCUUAGAAAGUUCCUCAGUCAGUAAAUUUAUUUAAACUUUAAAUAAGGAUGCAACUUUGAAGACAAUAAUUUGCACAGUAUCAUUUUAUACAAAGAUAAUCGAAGAACAAACGUCCAUUCUA